GACCUUGAGUUAAGACAAACCCUCCUUGCUGGAAGAUACAAUAAAUCACAGAUUACCACACACAGACACACACAUUCAUGAACACACACGCACGUUUGUGAGACAGACUUUGGACUUUGGAAAUAUGUUUUACUUAAUAGAGGCAACCUUACUCUCAGUCAUGCGCUGCUCACCCACACUCACACAGAUGAAUGUCUUCGGCCUUGAUCUUGUUUAGUCUUGUCAAGUGUGUAAAAGGUGACUGCAGACACCAAUUUGUAGGAUAAUCCCUUCAGGAAGGAAUCAUUACACACUCGAACAAGAACCAUGUGGGUUGUCCUUUCCUUGCUGGUGGCCCUCUGCAGUGGCGCUCUGUCUCUGGACAAACUCAACAUGUGCAUGGAUGGCAAACACCACAAAGUAGAGCCGGGCCGUGAGGGAGACCUUUAUGAACAGUGCUCUCCCUGGCGUGACAAUGCGUGUUGUACGGCCAAUACCAGCUCAGCGGCCCACAACGAUGACUCCUACCUGUACAACUUCAAUUGGGAUCACUGCGGUAUUAUGAGCAAACGGUGCAAGGAACAUUUCAUCCAGGACACUUGCUUCCACGAAUGCUCGCCACAUUUGGGACCCUGGAUACAAGAAGUCAAUCAGACCUGGCGUAAGGAACGUGUUGUGGAUGUGCCUCUGUGUAUGGAGGACUGCCACAGUUGGUGGGAAGACUGCAAGAACGAUUACACCUGCAAGAGUGAUUGGCACAAGGGAUGGGACUGGAGCUCAGGUAAUAACAAAUGCCCUAAAAACAGCAAGUGCAGAAUCUGGACUGAAGUUUACCCCACACCCAAGGCCAUGUGUGAACAAAUCUGGUCCAAGUCCUACCUUUACACCACCGACACCAAAACCUCGGGCCGCUGCAUGCAGCUGUGGUUCACUGGGCCGAACCCCAACAAGAAAGUGGCUGAAUACUACAUUAACAAUGCACAGCAGCACAAGAGCUUCACCUUGUCAAUGUUGCUUUUCCUGGCUGUUGCACUUUUCUCUGUAGUGAUGCACUGACAUGAUAUCCACAUCAUGCAGUCAUGUGUCACCAUAGUGGUUCCAAUAAAACUGUUUUAGAAUUAUCCCAGGUCUCUGUUGGUUUCUAGCCCCAUUCUGAGUCACAGUAAUCUCUCUCAAAUCCUUUAUCUGCAUCAGCUUUAUUUUCUUUGUGAUGUUUAGUUCCCAUGUGCUUCUUUUCAAUUCAUUAUGUCUAGCCAACCACUGACAAGGUGUCCAUGUCACUUUGAUUAUUUCUGCUUGUACACAACAAGUAAAAGCUGUUGUAUUCAUAUGUUGUACAUGUGUUCGCAUGCACACACAUUCACCACUAAAAUGUGAACACAGUCAAAACUCAAGAUGUUUGAAAAAUAGAAAUAAAGUGGAUAAAGAAAAUAAAA